CGUGAAAAAUCAGAGAGACCUUCCGAAAACAGUCCCUCGGCGGAACAGAAAUUGGUGAAACGAAAACGCCCCGACGCAGCUGAUCCGCAAUCCACAAUCCACACCACAGAACAGAACCCCACACCGCCAUGGGAUCGGCAAGCCACCACCUUUUUCCCGCCGCCCUUUGCGCUUCGGCCCGGUCCGCGGGGGGCUGGGCGACGGUGGCCCUCGUUCUCCUGCUGGCCGCAUCGCACGCGAUCUGCUGGCUCCCCCUGCAACUGGUCUACGGGUUGCCCCCCGUCGGGAACCACGCCGGUCCCUCGAGCGUCUGCCUCCCGGGCGGGGGCUUUUCCGGCUUUUGGUUCCACCUGGGGUACCUCCACUCGCUGGAAGAACGACAACGAGAACACCAACGAGGGCACCAAGCUGACCCCGUCCUCCUGCACGACUACGAUUACUACUGCUUCUCGGCGGGCUGUCUCAGUGAGUCCUAGCGGCAGCGCCAAGGAGCCUUCCGGAGUUUGCAUCGCAUCGCAUCAUAGUACAGUGUAUCGCAUCACACAAACUAGCUUUCUCACAGGCCGUUUUGUUUCUUGCAAUCCUUUCCAUCGGUCUCGAUUCGACGCGAUUCUCCGAUUCGAUUCGAUUCGAUCCGUUUCUUUCGAUUCUGGUUUCCGUUGCGGUUUUUCGGACUACUUCCAACGACAGGCAUCCUCUCCGCGUUCCUGAACCGCUCCCUCGACGAGGUCUACGGCGCGGCACUGGCCGCGCAGAAUGCCUGGAAGGACGGGACCCACAGCCGGUUCGACAUUGUGGACCACUUCUUCGACAGUCUCGUCCCGCCGGAGGAGGAGUUCGAGGCCCUGCUGCACGGCAGCGGUGGCAACGGCAACGCCACCGCUCCCCACGACGCGAAUUUCUUGCCGAGGCUCAAGAUCCUCGUCACCACCUCCUCGGAGGGACUUUCGGUCAUGGAAUCCAGGAACCGGGACGAGCUCCGGGAGAACAUCCGGAGGACCACGUGGGUGCCCUAUCUGACCGGCUGGGGCAUGCUGGUCGACGCCGGCGGCAGCAGCAACAACAACAACAACAAAAGCAGCAACGAUGUCUACUACCUCGACGGGGGGUUUUCGCGGGUCCUCCACCCGGCCUGCGGGGCGUCCUGGGACCUGCCCUUUGUGUGGGAAACCCUGGUCCACACCUUUAGCCCGGGCCUCACCAGGGGACAGGUGGAAUCCCUCUGGGCCAGGGGCUACGGCCACGGGGGGUACGAUCUCCCACCGGUGCCGAGGGGCCGGGCGAAAGCAACGGCGACGACGGCCGCCCGUGCUCCAAACACCACCUCCGCGGCGCAGGGCGAACGCCGGGGAAGCGAUUGAUCCGCUUGUCGCGGUUGGUCGCACGGACCACGAAUACAUCCGCCACAGCGUCGGACUCUGAUUCGAUUCCGAACGACCGGAACGAGUUCGCACUACGCAGACCGAGAAAGGAUUCGAUGAAGGCUAAUAAUAUAGGACAAAGUUUAUAAAUAAAGAGCAUUCCAUUUUCUUGUUCAGAUAGUAAAAACACAAAAAGAUUCAUGGAAAAGAACGCCAUUCGUUUGUGCAUUCGCAUCUCUGGUACCGCUGUGACAGCUUUCGAUCAUGCACAUCACACAAUAGCGUAGCGAAGCAUCGAUGUGUGUGCCAUUUGGUCCAAGGAGGCCUGUGCGGGAUUUUUGUGUGGAAUUUGUUCUCCUCCGUCUUCCUUCGGUGACACUUUUGGAUACCGUUCGUUCAGAAUCAACAACAUGCGUCGAGCCGUGUGGGAAAAGAUCGCAUCGGUGAUUUGCUCGCAUCGCAUUGAUAUGUACAUCGUCAUGCAUCGCAUCGCAUCGCAUCCAUUGUCGCAUCUCGUCACACCCAUUCGCUCAAAGAGGACCGAAAACGUGCCGGUUUUUUCCUCGGCUUCGGAUCCAUUGGUUUCUCCAUCUAUAAUACAAAAGCAAACACCCAUCGCAGCACGCAACGAAAUGCAAGCCUAGAUUUUGUCGAUUUUCGAAAAGGUUCCCCCGCCCGUGACCUUUCGAAUCGCGGCGUCCUUGGCAUCGUUCUUGUUGGCGGAGGAUUCCUUCAUCAUGCUCGCCAUCAUGUUCUUGUAGCUGGACUUUUUCUUCUUUUUCUUUUUGGCCGGGGCCGCCGCGGUUGCCGCGGAAGGGGCCACCGCCGCCGGUGUCUCGAGCGCGGUGCCGCUCGCUCCGGCCACGGAGGGGGUGGAAGCGGACGACGAAAGGUUCGACGCCGAUGCCGACCGGGGGGUUUCCGUCUUGGCCGCCACGGGGGCGGAAGCCGUUUCCAGGGACGGCGGGGCGGUGGUGGAAGCCGUUUUGCACACGGGCGACGGGGGCGGAACCACCGCGGCCGCUACGGCGGCUUUUGUUUUCAGGGCGCUUUGCAUGUCGGCC